UGUCUAGGAUACCUGCUAUUAGUACUAUUUCUAAUGGUACAACUACCUCUAAUACGACUAUUUACACGAGCACUGUUGAUGUCAAUAAACCAGGUGUCUCCCUUCCCGCAGGUGACGUGGCUGAAGAGAGACGAGGACCACCUGUUGACAGCUGGGGGACAGGUGUAUUCCUCCGACACCAGGUUCUCCGUUGCUCACAUCAAACACCAAGAUCUGUGGGAGCUGUCCCUACGAGACGUGAGGCUCUCAGACGCUGGCCUCUACGAGUGCCAGCUCACCACACAUCCUCCUACCUCACUCUUCUUCACUCUCAAGGUCGUGGAGGCCCGCGCGACCAUAGAGGGAUACCCGGAGAUCCACUUCCACCUUGGCCACAGCCUACGACUCCACUGCACAGUAGAGCAAGCCACGGAGCCCCCGCUCUACAUCUUCUGGUACCACAAUGGCAGCAUAGUCAACCACUACCCCAAUAAGCCCGUGAGGAUCCAGAACCAUCGCUACGGCAGCACGCUCACCAUCAAGAACAUCACUUGGUCCCACUCCGGAAUGUAUAGAUGUGAGCCGCACCUCGCUACGCCCGCCAGGAUCACAGUGCACGUCUCUGGUCAGCCGGCGGCCAUGCAUAUCGGAGGCCACAGCGACGUAGUGGAGGACGAGUUAUCACCUCACGGGACCUCCAGUCCUCUUGUGCCUUUACCUCAAUUCCUUGCGACUCUUACCCUAAUCGUCCUGUUACCGACGUGGUGAAACUACCUCCUUGUGCUAUCCCUAUCCCAUGUCUACCCAUUUAGUUACGUACAUAUCUACCCAUCUACCUAUGCCUAAGCGUUAUUUUCUGUGUAUCUGCUGUAGUGUUGAUUAUCCAACACGAAUACCAACGGGGGAACAAAAGUGUAGUGGUUAAUCCGAAAAUUGAAACAUGAAACAUAUUUCUACAUCCUCGUUAUGAUUGAUUUUUAUUUCUAAAUCGGCAAACUAUGGAAUGAAUAAUAAUGAUAAUAAUAAUUAUUACCAGCUACCAGAGAACUACCAGGAAGUUAGAAGACAGCUAAUGCAAUGCAACACAAUGCAACACAAAGACGAACACAUAGAGGAGACACUUAGCAACUUUGUGGUCUUUGCUUGCAUACGUUGCAAGGUGAUGGAAACAACUAUCAAAAUAAAAUUAAUUGAGCAUUUGAUAGGGAGGAGGAACAUUUGAGGGAACAUAAGCAAUAAUAUUUGGAAAGAAUAAAGAAUAUUUAGAAGAAAGAGUAUUUGGAGAGAAUUAAGAACAUUUUAAGAAAAAUAACACUUGGCGAAGAAAGAAAAUUAAGAGGGAAGAAAGACUGUAACACAUCACCAUUGAUAUAUAAUCCUGACAAUUUUCCAUCCCCCAACAUGACAGAAUUCCGGGGGCGAGGCGACAGAAUCAGACGAGCCAGAGCAGGGUGAGCAAACUGUAUAUUUUUGGACUGUCAACAAGUCUUCAACACAGUGUCCUACCAGAGACUGGUGCACAAGAUAGCGAAACAGUCAAUAGUACAACAAGUGGACAGGAAAGUUCCCAAAUAACAUAAUUUAGAGAGACAGCCAGAGAGAGACUUUAGAAUUGCGACACUUUAGCAGCGGAGUUCGGGGCCAAAGUUGUUCUUGAUAUACGUAUCCCUUCAGAUGGGAUAACCGCCUUCUCAAUCUUUACUGGCUAUGAAAACUGAUGAGGAUUAAUACAAUGGAAGACUGCCAAAAACUAAAGGGUAACCUGGACAAAUUGAAGAAAUUAUACAAGUGGCUCCUAGAGUUUAACCCAAGCAACUAAAAGGCAAGCGGGUACACAGAAAAUGACAAUGCUGGGUUUCAUUUGUUCGAAACUGAAGAAUAUACUUUUCGGUCAUGAUCAUAUAUCUCUGGCCAGUGUCGGUGCCAGCUGUUAUUAUUGAUCUUCAAAUGCCUUGUGAUAUAUAUGUGAUUUGUUCUCUUUAUAGCGUGGUGAUGAGACACUGUUGGAGUACAGUGACUCUUCCUUACAGUGUCUGUAUGUUGAUGUGAAUGUCCGUGUGUGUCUAUGUCUCUUGUUCGAUCCCACUCACUAUUUCUCUUUCUCUCUUUUACUCAUCCCUUUCUCACUCUUUAUAGAUAUACGUAUAGAUAUAUGAAAAGAAAGACUAUAAUUAUAAAAAUUUGUAUAAAGUUUUAGAGUCCCCUUGUUGAUACUCCAAAAAUAUCAGUGUUUUAUAUGUGAAUAUUU